CAAAACAACAAAACAUCGAUCCCAUUUAAUCCAAUCCAACUCAAGCAAUCGACUUUUCAAUCUAAUCGUUUUCUGUGAUUUUGAAUUAACACGCUAUCUUCUACUUCUUGGUAUUAUUGAAACUGUUUGAAUAUUCUUUCUUGGGGCACUGCCAUUUAUUUAUUUUAUAUACCUACCUAUAGUUCUCUCUAUGCCUAUGUGGUUGAUUGUUCAUGACAGCUAUACCACAAAAUAAGAGACGCCCUCACCACUGUAUUACUAUCUAUUCAAUGUCAUUAUUAUACUAGAGCGAAACUUGAGUAAAGGACAGCCAGUGCACUAAUUCCAGUCCUCGUUAAUCCUGGUUUAUUCUCUAUAUGUCUAACAACACCGAGUCGUCUGAGGCGAACAUGGUGAUCCGACAGAGCGCAGAUCUCCAUGUAAACUUACAAGUCAUCACUACUUAUCCUGACCUUUGGUCGGAACCACUAAACCUUCAAUCAUCUAGCACAUCGUUGGUGACCAAUCCAAUUGGAAUAGGCCACACAGAUAUCCAACCCAAACGAAUCCCCGACUGGAGUAAUCUCAAAGUUAUUCAUCGCAAGACUUUACCGCCUCGAAGCCAUUUUCACGUUUAUAACACUGAGGAUGAUGCGCUUUCUAGAGAUGUGAGCCGUUCUAGGGCUGUCUUGCUCUCCGGUACAUGGGGUUUUGACCUUUCACCUGGUCCGUUUAAGGGCCCCCGGGACUUUUAUAAGCCCGACUUUGAUCACACAGAAUGGAAGCUCAUCAAGGUUCCGGGUAUGUGGCAACUUGAGGGAUUCGGCAAAGGACCUCAAUACACCAACGUCAAUUUCCCCUUUCCAGUGGAUCCACCAAACGUCCCAUAUGACGAUAACGAGUGCGGUCGCUAUAUCACACGCUUCACCGUUCCAGACACUCUCAAGGACGGAGACCAAUGGCGGCUACGAUUCGAGGGUGUCGACUCAGCUUUCACUAUUUGGAUAAACGGAAAGGAAGUGGGCUACUCACAAGGCUCGAGAAACCCCAGUGAAUUUGACGUAUCGCCAUUUCUUGAUCUCGAUUCCGAAAACACUCUUUGUGUUGAGGUAUACCAACGGUGCGACGGAAGUUACAUCGAGGACCAGGACCAAUGGUGGCUCAGCGGUAUCUUCCGAGACGUCUGGUUGCAUUCAUUUACCUCAACUCGUUUCGAGGAUAUCCGUGUUGAGACAAUACUUGACGAUGAUUACGCAGAUGCAUGGCUUGCGGUAGAUAUUACGCUAAAUAAGCUUGGCGAAGCUGUCACAUCUAAACUUAUUGAUGGUGAUGGUGAAGUGGUAUUCCGUUAUUCAUACACACCACAGGGGCGAACUUCUAGAUGUAAGGUCCGUGUGGAGAAUCCCGAAAAAUGGACAGCUGAGACCCCAUACUUGUAUACGCUAGUACUCUCUGUCGGUUCGUCAUAUGUCACCCAAAGAGUCGGAUUUCGAAGGACAGAACUUAUAGAUGGAGUAUUUUGUGUCAAUGGGCACCCUAUCAAGAUCCGGGGAACUAAUCGUCACGAACAUAACGCAAAAUCUGGGAGAACUGUCCCAUACGGAGACCUCCAAUGGGAUCUCCAGGCAAUGAAGGCAUUUAACAUCAAUGCUAUUCGCACUUCCCAUUAUAUAAACGAUCCUAGAUUCUACGACCUUACCGACGAAAUGGGAUUUUGGGUACUCGAUGAAGCAGACCUCGAAUGUCACGGAUUCGGCGAAGUUGGUGGCGAUCCGGCAAGUUUCGCAUCUGACAAUCCAGAAUGGAGAGAUGCGUACGUAGAUCGUGCUGUACAAAUGGUGAUGCGGGAUCAAAAUCACCCUUCUAUCAUCAUGUGGUCUCUUGGUAACGAAGCCUUCUAUGGUAGAAAUCACCAGGCCAUGUAUGAUGCUAUCAAAGCGAUCGAUAAGACACGCCUCAUACACUACGAGGGUGAUCAAGAUGCACAGACGGCAGAUAUUUUCAGUCGAAUGUACACCCCUGUUGACGAAAUGAUCAAGCAUGCUGAGGAGAAGAACUGGGAGAAGCCUUUUGUUAUGUGCGAGUAUAUUCAUGCGAUGGGUAACGGUCCCGGAGCUAUACAAGAAUAUAUCGAGGCUUUCUAUAAGUAUCCGCGGCUCAUGGGAGGCUUUGUAUGGGAAUGGGCAAAUCACGGCCUCAUCACAGAAUCCAAAGAUGGAGAGAAAUAUUUCGGAUACGGCGGCGACUUUCAACCUGACGAGCCUAAUGACGGUAAUUUUGUCAUGGAUGGAUUAUGUAACUCGUCACAUAUGCCCGGUCCCGGGCUUGACGAAUAUAGCAAAGCCAUCGAACCGAUUCAAGUCCUCGGCAUAGAGGGUACUUCGAUAACAAUCAUAAACCGCUAUGACUUUCUGACUUUAGACCACAUUAGGUGCUUUUGGGAACUCAUCUCCGACCGUCAACAAGUGAUUGGUAAAGAGAUAUACAUCCCAGCAAACGUUAAACCUCACACAAAGGCGACGAUAGUUCUGGGUGGAAUGCCAAAGACUCUAUCUACGAACGCAUGGCUUUCAUUAGAGUUCAUGGUUCGUAGUGGAACUAAAUGGAUAUCUCCUGGUCGAAUCGUAGCUCGAAGCCAGCUCGCGCUCACCCCUCCUCGGACGCUUGCCCUCCUCAAAUCCCCCUCCACACCAGGCCGCCCGCGCAUCCAGCGCACAGACGAUAUGCUUUACGUCACAAUCGCCAAAGGCACAACGUUUGGCUUUGAUACGGGCAAUGGCACUCUAUCAUCUCUAACGCACACUUCGAAGCCAGGCCACAACCUCAUUACAGUCCCCUUAGCCCUAGACUUCUAUCGCGCGCUCACGGAUAACGACCGCGGCGGACCCCAUGGCCAAGAAUGGAUCGAGAAAAGAGUCCACCAGACGCGAAACCAUUUUUCGCAAAUGACCACCACUGAAACCGAAUCAGGCUGCACCGUCGUCGUGAAAGGGCGCGUCGCUCCCCCAGUUCUCGCCUGGAGCGUCGACACGACUACGACCUAUACCAUCACCCAAGAUUUCUGCAGCAUCCGCAUACAAGCAAAGCCCAACGGGCUCCUCCUCCCGUCAACAUUCGCACGCUUCGGUCUAUCCUUCGGUCUCCGCGACCUUAACAUAGUCGAGUGGUUCGGUCGCGGACCGGGCGAAUCGUACGCGGACAAGAAGCGCGCGCAGCUAGUGAACACCUGGGGCUGGGCCGCGGACGCCAUGUUCCACCACUACGAGUUUCCGCAGGAGAGCGGCAAUCGCACCGAUGUGCGCUGGGUCGAGCUGCGCACCCGCUGGGGCGGCGACCUCGAGUACCCCGAUUGCCUCCUCCGCGCGCGCUUCGGCGAGCACCAUGGCGCGAGUUUUAGUGUCGCGCCGUAUAGUACAAGGGAUAUUGACGAAUGCAGACACCCGUAUGAGCUGAAGAAGAGGAGGAGGGACGAUUAUAUCGUUAGGUUGGAUUGGUAUCAUCAUGGCUUGGGUACGGGUAGCUGCGGACCCCCGACGUUGCCGCAGUAUCAGCUCAGGACGGAUCGCGAGUUUGAUGUCGAGGUGUUGUUGGAUUAGGUUGAAGUUCUGCGCAUCUACAUAGGUUGGUUGUAUAGCAAUUUGCCCAUUAUCCCUAACUUUACGCUACGUAUCAAUAUCACAACUACAGAUAUCCUCGAGGUCGAAAGCCAAAAGCUUCC